UUUGCAAAUCAAGUUUUAGUCAUAAAAAGUUAAAUAAAAAUAUCACCAAAUUUUUUUUACCGUGUAUCAAUUUUUUCCAGUGUAGUCCGUAUCCAUACCUACAACUUUGCCGAAGACACCAAAUCGAUCAAAAAAUUCCUUCAAUAGAUACAGAUUUUUGAAUUUUCAAGCAUCAUUUUUGUAUGGACAGCUGCCAAAUUUGUAUGGAAAAUUAUAUGGACAAACUAAUGAUGCAAAAUGGCUUCUUUGGGCAUACCGAAGGCACCAACAAAGUUUCAGUCGGAUUAAAAAAUACAAAAAAAAAUCGAAUGACCGAAAUCCUAGAGAACUGCUCAGUGGCAAAAUAAAAUCAGUGAAAAGUUAAAAAAAAAAUACUUACAAAUCAGUCAAAUAGUAAGCACUGCGUGCGUGUACCAAACGAAUUGGGGGUCCACGGCCUCGAAGUUGAGGCGCUGCAGGAGGUGUGCUGGAAGGGGAAGGACCACCGAGAGUACGGAAGUUAUACUAUGUGUUGGAGCGGCGGCGAUACACACGAGCUAGGGACAGCUUUUAUAGUGCUGGGCGAAAUGUGGAAGUGCGUGAUUGGGUGGUGGCCAGUCAACGACAGAAUGUGCCGGUUGAGAAUCAAGGGCCGAUUCUUCAACUUGAGCAUCAUCAACGUGCACAGCCCGCACAUGGGAAGCGACGCCGAUGACAAGGACGCUUUCUACGAGCUUCUUAACCGCGGGUACAGGAAGUGUCCAAAACACGACGUCAAGAUUGUCAUCGGCGACUUGAAUGCUCAAGUUGGCCAGGAGGAGGAGUUUACACCGGUUAUUGGGAGGUUCAGCGCUCACCAGCAGACGAACGAGAACGGCCUACGACUUAUCGAUUUCGCUACCUCCCGAAACAUGGCCAUACGUAGUACCUUCUUCCAGCCCAGCGUCCUCUACAAGUACACCUGGAUAUCACCAAACGACACGGAGACGCAAAUCGAUCAUGUUCUCAUCGAUGGUCGGCACUUCUCGAACAUAAUCGACGUCAGAACCUACCGUGGCGCGGACAUCGACCCGGACCACUACCUGGUGGUGGCAAAGCCGCACCAACGCCUGUCUGAGGUCAACAAGUUCCGGUACCGUCGCCCGCAGCGGUAUAAUCUGGAGCGGCUCAAGGAUCCCAGUACACAGGAAAAAAAGUGUAAAUUCACCCGGCACUGAAAUCAUGUUUUCGACGUAAACAUGCUCAACGUAAUUUUGAAAUUCCAUGUAAAACGAUUCAUUGCUUUCAAAGAGCCUUGCUGUAAAAUGAGUUUGAAUGUAAUUGAUGAAUCUCAUGUAAAUUGAUUUUGGUUUCUGCUAAAUCAAUAAUUUGUAAAUAUAAAAAACAUGUACAUUUAUUUCAGAUGUUAAAUUUUCUAUUUGUAAACUCGUACAGCAUUUAAAUUUCAAUUGCAAAGAAUGCGUUGCGAAUGACAGUUCAAACGGAGGACAAAAACAAAUCAGUUCACACAGCUAAAAAAGUAGUAAUCCAGCUGCGUGUAAAAGGCCUGGGUGUAAAAUAAAUAUUGCAUUAUUGUAUGCAAUUUUAUACGAUUUUACACCCUGAAAUAUGUAGCCCAUCAGUAUGGGAAACCUACUUGACCGAAAUGUCAAGCUCAUAUAUGCGUUUAUCCUUAAAGCUUUUCAUCGGUCUGAUGGCCGAGUGGGCUAAGGCGCCAGUCCUUACUGUUGGUGCUGGGUUUGAAUCCCGUCGGUUGCAACUUUUUUUUUGUGAUUGCAAAACAUGUACAUGCAGUGUGUAAUAUUAAGUGUUUAUUGUGACGAAAGUGAUGUGCAUGCUUUUGCAUGCGAUUUUACCAUCGGAUUUUUUGCUGUGCAGAGUUGAGAUGUUUUGUGAGCGGUGAAGCGGAAGUGUUUUCACAACAAAUGCUGGAAUUUGCUCAGGUUUGUUGCAAUAUUAAUAAAUAAUGUAAACAAGUAGUAAUUCGAGUGACACUUUUCUUUAGGCUCAUCAACACUGUUAAUACGAAAUGCAUCCCGUUCAAUUACAUUACACAGAUUAAAAAACGGUAAAUUAACAUCAUUUAUGAUGUACCAAAAGUGCACGUCAUUAAUGAUGCGAAUUUACAUCAAAUUCAUUGUAAAUUUAAAUGCCUUCCGAUUUAAUUGUGCUGAACAAAUAGCGCUUCAGAAAAUGUAAAUUUCCGAUGAAAUCUACGUAAAUUUACCGAAUACAAAAAUUUUUUUUUGCCCCGUUGAAUCUAGAAUCUGAUGUAAUUUUCAAACGUUUUUGUAAUUCAUGGUUCAAAUAGAUAAAAUUCUAGCUUCUCGAGCCGUUGAUACCUUUCUUCAAGGAAGUCGCCAAGAACCUCGCAGUGAACUCGGCGUUGUCCACAGUGAUUUUGUUUGAUGUUUAAUUAUUUUUAUAUUAAACUAAAAAAUGUAGAUUCCCGGUCCUAACUUGGUCUCAGCACCUAAGAGGACUUAAUAAAAAUAAGUUUGUGAAAAAAAAUAGAUAAAAUUCUAGCUCAUUUUGGACAAAGUUUGUCUGCCAAUAAUAAACCACGUAUUGAUCAAUAAUAAAGUUAAUAUGUCUGUACUGCUAAACAACACAAAACGUUUGAAAAUUACAACAAAUUAUAGAAUCAACGGAGCACUGAACAUUUCUUUUCAACAACAACAAAAACUUAACUGUCUACCUUACGCAAGUUUUUAUUAAGGAGGUGAUUUUACAAUACGGAAUGUACUCACCUGUAAAUUACUUCGAAAAGGGCGAACCGCGAGUCCAGCUUCCAGCUCUGGACAUAGGGUAUUUUAACCAUUAGUGGACCCCCUAGUAGAGCCGAAGCACAUUUUUCACAAAUUUUCAAUAUUUUAAGCACUUUUUCAUAACCCUUUGUACAAAACAAAGAAAUCUGAAGUCUUUUGAACAAUUUUGACUAUUUGUUUCAUCAGUUAUUUGUUUUUGAGCAGAAAAAUAGCCAAUUGAAAAAAAAGUUUUUUUUGCCUGUAUAAUAUCUCAAACGUUCGGCACUACGAGGCGUAAGAACCGCGGGGAAACCUGCAGGGACUUUCUUUGCAUUAAGAGCUAUCCAAGGUGUGGUAGACUGCGAGGAGCAGUAACCAGCUCGGAGCUCGAAAUAAAGUAGACAAGUCGCCUUGAUGUUCCAGCCGAAAAGACUCCUUUUUGUUUAUUUGAACUCGGGUAUUUAUACUAGUCAAAUUUGUUGCAUCACAUGUAAUUUGAGUGGUGACACUUACGUGCUACAGUAUAGACUUCUGGAGUUGGCUUGUACUGGGUUGAACCCUUGCGCUGGCUCAGCAGGAGUCAGCGUCCCGGCCAAUUGUCGAUGAACCGAAAUAU